CGCCCGCGCCGCCGCUGUCGCCGCCCGGGACUCCCCCGUCCCUGCGGGGCCAGCAGCAGCUCCAACCACCGGCGCCCGGUCUCCCGGCGCGCGAGGCCCCAGAGCCGCGGGCCAGGACGCCCCGGAGGGUGUAGACCGCGCCCCAGGAGAGAGUGAGACUUCGCCAUGGAGACUCUGGGACAUUUAGGUUCUCUCUAGGAACUACAAAGUUGAAGGAAAGCAAAUUUUCAAAAGGAAGUUGUCUUGAAAAUAUGUUUACAACUGACUGAUGCUAUUGACGGCUUUUUAUUGUUUUAUUUUUAAAUAAUAAAACACUUUAAGAAGAUUAUAUUUAUGGUAAAAGGAAACUGGACUAACAAUGAGGCCAAAGACUUUUCCUGCCACGACUUAUUCUGGAAAUAGCCGACAGCGACUGCAGGAGAUCCGCGAGGGGCUGAAGCAGCCGCCCAAGCCUUCCACUCAGGGGUUGCCCGUGGGACCAAACAGUGAUGCUUCCCUGGGGAGCAAGGAUGCCGCCAGGCAGCAGCAGAGAGCCACCCCGAAGUUUGGACCUUAUCAGAAAGCUCUGCGGGAAAUCAGAUACUCCUUGUUGCCUUUUGCUAACGAAUCCGGCACCUCCACAGCGGCGGAAGUUAACCGGCAGAUGCUGCAGGAGCUGGUGAAUGCAGGGUGUGACCAGGAGAUGGCGGGCAGAGCGCUCAAGCAGACCGGCAGCAGGAGUAUAGAAGCCGCCCUGGAGUACAUCAGUAAGAUGGGCUACCUGGACCCGAGGAACGAGCAGAUAGUGCGAGUGAUUAAGCAGACCUCCCCAGGAAAGGGCCUGGUGCCUACCCCGGUGACGGUGACGCGGAGGCCCAGCUUCGAAGGCACAGGUGACGCGUUCCCACCCUACCAUCCGCUGGGCGGCGCGGCCUAUGAGGGCCCCGCGACGCUGGAUGAGGUGCCGCGGCCCUACGUGGACUUCCUCUUCCCCGGGGCAGCGCCCCACGGCGUGCCGGGGCCCCCGCACCCUCCCAAAGGCUACGCAGCAGCGGGCGUGGAGGCGGCGGGGCCGCACUUCUCGGGCCCCGGCGCUGCGGGACCCACGCUGCCGCUGCCCGGCGCGCACUAUGGCCGCGCGCACUUGCUGGUGCCCGGGGAGCCGCUGGCCUACGGCGUGAAGCGCAGCCCCUCCUUCCAGAGCAAGGCGUCGCCCGAGGCUGCGGUCUACCCGGGCCUGACUGCCAAGGGCCAGGGGGGCCCGCCGGGCGCCGGCCUCGCUUUUCCAGCCCCAGGCGCCGCGCUCUACGCCCCACACCCGCACCACAAGCAGGCCAGCCCCGCGGCCCACCAGCUGCACGUGAUGAGCGCCAGGGGCCAGAUGUUCGCAGGCGACAGCCCCCCGCAGAGCCUGCUUGCCCCCUCCAGAAACAGCCUCAACGCAGACCUGUACGAGCUGGGCGGCGCCCCUGUGCAGGCUUGGCCGGCCACCUCCCUGGCCCGCCGCGACUCCCUGCAGAAGCCUGGUCUGGACGCGCCACGGCCGCACGCGAGCUUUCGGCCCGACGGCCGCGCGCCCAGCAGGACCAACUCCUUCAACAGCCAGCAGCCGCGGGCCAGCGCUCCCGUCCAGGCCGAGCCCUCCCUGCCUGCUCCCAACACCGUCACGGCCGUCACGGCGGCGCACAUCCUGCACCCUGUGAAGAGUGUGCGGGUGCUGAGGCCCGAACCGCAGACGGCGGUGGGGCCGUCCCACCCGGCCUGGGUGCCCGCGCCCGCCCCGACCGCAGAGGGGCUGGACGCUAAGGACGAGCACGCCCUGGCCCUCGGCAGCCCCUACCCGCUGGAUCUGGAGUUGGGCAGUCCCGACCGCAGGUGCCCGCCCCCACCCUACCCGAAGCACCUGCUGCUGCCCAGCAAGUCGGAGCAGUACGACCUGGAUGGCCUGUGUGCGGGUGUGGAGCAGAGCCUCCGAGGGGGCACAGCCGCCGAGCCAGCCGACAGGGCAGACAAGAGCCACAAGGGCGCAAAGGGGGACAAAUGCGGGAAGGACAAAAAGCAGAUCCAGACUUCCCCCGUCCCUGUCCGCAAAAACAGCAAAGACGAGGAGAAGCGAGAGUCGCGCAUCAAAAGCUACUCACCUUAUGCCUUUAAGUUCUUCAUGGAGCAGCACGUGGAGAAUGUCAUAAAAACCUACCAGCAGAAGGUGAACCGGAGGAUGCAGCUGGAGCAAGAGAUGGCCAAAGCUGGACUGUGCGAAGCUGAGCAGGAGCAGAUGAGGAAGAUCCUCUACCAGAAGGAGUCCAAUUACAACAGGCUCAAGAGGGCCAAGAUGGACAAGUCCAUGUUUGUGAAAAUCAAAACCCUGGGCAUCGGUGCCUUUGGAGAAGUGUGCCUUGCUUGUAAGGUGGACACUCACGCUCUGUACGCCAUGAAGACCCUGAGGAAGAAGGAUGUGCUGAACCGGAACCAGGUGGCCCAUGUCAAGGCCGAGAGGGACAUCCUGGCUGAGGCCGACAACGAGUGGGUGGUGAAACUCUACUACUCCUUCCAAGACAAAGACAGCCUGUACUUUGUGAUGGACUACAUCCCUGGCGGGGACAUGAUGAGCCUGCUGAUCCGCAUGGAGGUCUUCCCCGAGCACCUGGCCCGGUUCUACAUCGCAGAGUUGACGUUGGCCAUCGAGAGCGUCCACAAGAUGGGCUUUAUCCACCGGGACAUCAAGCCUGACAACAUUCUGAUAGAUCUGGAUGGUCACAUCAAACUGACAGAUUUCGGCCUCUGCACUGGGUUCAGGUGGACUCACAAUUCCAAAUACUACCAGAAAGGGAACCACAUCCGACAGGACAGCAUGGAGCCCAGCGACCUUUGGGACGAUGUGUCUAACUGUCGGUGUGGGGACAGGCUGAAGACGCUGGAGCAGCGGGCGCGCAAGCAGCACCAGCGGUGUCUGGCACACUCUCUGGUCGGGACUCCAAAUUACAUCGCGCCAGAGGUGCUCCUCCGCAAAGGGUACACGCAGCUGUGUGACUGGUGGAGCGUCGGCGUGAUUCUCUUCGAGAUGCUGGUGGGGCAGCCGCCCUUCCUGGCGCCCACGCCCACGGAAACCCAGCUGAAGGUGAUCAACUGGGAGAACACGCUCCACAUUCCCGCCCAGGUCAAGCUGAGCCCCGAGGCCAGGGACCUCAUCACCAAGCUGUGCUGCUCGGCAGACUGCCGGCUGGGGAGGGACGGGGCCGAUGACCUGAAGGCCCACCCCUUCUUCAGCGCCAUUGACUUCUCCAGCGACAUCCGGAAGCAGCCGGCCCCCUACGUGCCCACCAUCAGCCACCCCAUGGACACCUCAAAUUUUGACCCCGUAGAUGAAGAAAGCCCGUGGAACGAGGCCAGCGAAGGGAGUGCCAAGGCCUGGGACACGCUCGCCUCCCCCGGCAACAAGCACCCAGAGCACGCCUUCUAUGAGUUCACUUUCCGGAGGUUCUUUGAUGACAAUGGCUACCCCUUUAGGUGCCCCAAGCCCUCAGGAGCAGAAGCUUCGCAGUCUGAGAACUCAGAUUUGGAAAACUCCGAUCUGGUGGAUCCGACCGAGGGCUGCCAGCCGGUCUAUGUGUAGCCGUGCACCGGGGCCCGCAGGGCGCUCCGCCACUGGGGGGAGCAGCCCAGGUGGGCUACUUCUCUCGAGACUGUUCUUCACCGUGACCGCCCCACGCGGAAGCUGAAGGGACUCCACGUCCAGCCGAGCUGCCUCUCGGUCCUGCUUGACAGGCAGGGUGGGUCGACGUGACUUUGAGUUGGCUUUUGAGGACCUACACUGCAUCAAAACAAUAUUUUUAAACAUUUAGUACAGUUUAGAAAGAGCACUUAUUUUGUUUAUAUCCAUUUUUUCUUACUAAAUUAUAGGGAUUAACUUUGACAAAUCAUGCUGCUGUUAUUUUCUACAUUUGUAUUUUAUCCGUAGCACUUAUUCACAUUUAAGAAAAGACAUGAAAACUGAAAAACAUGUGAGAAGAAAUGUCUGUGCAAUAAUGUAAAAAAGUUAACAAGACAACACUCUUCCCAGAUGUCAUGGAGACAGUUUUAUCCACACAAUGGUUUUUGUUUGUAUUUUUUCCCACAUUUCAAAAUCGUGAUAUAUAAUGUUAAAAGCUGCUUUUUUUUUUUUUUGGCUUUUUGCGUAUUAUAGUGUAAUAGGAAGUGAGCAAGGUGAUGAUGUGGUGUGAUUUCAGCCGUCUGCUGGGGACAGUACUGCAUGAGCAGGGUUUUUCUAUUAUAAAAUCACCGUAUCUUGCCAUUCACAGCAGGUCCUGUGAAUAUGUUUUUACCGAGUGUUUAUAAAUGAGGUAUUCUAGACAGUGUGCUGAUAACGUAUCGUGUGAGUGACUUCCGCGCUAUGAUUGUAUCCCUUAUUGUUUUGUUACAGACAUGCAGAUGUGUAACUGAAAAGUGAUUUGUGUGUGUGUGUGUCUUGGGUAUGAUUGGAUUCUUUGGGGGGUAAAGUGAAACAUUUGUCAUAUACUAAACUUAUACACAUCAAAAGGGAUUAACGUAGCUAUGCCAAAAAUUUGAAGUUACUGGUGGACCCGUGUCUGUUUCUCUAGGCAGUAUGCUCUUUGGUUCUUGGUGUAGCUGGUAUGUGGAAUUCAGUAACUCCAACCCUGCUACUUAACCUCUUGAAUGCUUCUUCCCGCUGUCGUAACAGCUGAGACGUUACCAUAAUGAAAUUGAAUAAUCUGACGGUUCUUUCACAUGGUGUUCUAGUGUGCUUUGAAGUGUUGAAUCAUAACUUGGUGUAAACAAUACAUUUUUCUAACCUUUUUAAACAAGCAAAGAUUCUUAGUGACAGUGGGAUGAAAAAAUAAGCCAUACAUAUUUUCUUAGACGUAUAGAUGUAUAUAUAACUACAUAGGUAAACACACAAAAUAUUCCUUAUUUCAAAUUAGUAUGGUGCCUAUUUAAAGUGAUUUAUAUUUGAGUAAAAAUUUAAAUUCUCUUUUGCUUUUUAAAAAAUCUGAUGCAUCAUAUUUUUCAUUAUAUUAUUAUUCCACAUAUUUUUCCUUGAAAUUCUUAGUAUAAUGUAUCCAUUACUUAGUAUGUAUCUAGAAAACAACACUUAUAAGUUUAUCAAAAACUAAACUAAAAAAAAAACCCUGUGUACUGGUUUACAUUUGUAUGAAUGGCAUAUUCCGAAGUCUGCUGCGCUUGUAUCCUGACUGUCAGUAUUUUCGCUAUUUUACAUAAUGCCAUGUUGUUAUUUACAGCGCUCUGACAUACUUUCAUGUGGUAGGUUCUUUCUCAGGAACUCAAUUUAACUAUUAUUUAUUGAUAUAUCAUUGCCUUUGAAAAGCUUCUACUGGCACAAUUUAUUAUUAAAAUUUUGAAUCCAAA